UUCUGAAGGUAAGUCGGAAGGCAGAAGGGGUGCACGAGACGGCUGCGCGCGCCCGCUCCCGUAUGUGGACACUCCAAAAAAAUGUGUUAAGAAUUACAAAAGCUGGAUCUGUUACACUGGAAGAUAAACGCAACAGCUGUUCAUCAGUCGUAAGAAUGUAAACAAGAUCACCGGUGGAGCUUCCCCAUGCACCUACAUCCCUUCCAUUCCGACCUUCUAGAAUGUUCCUGAAGACAGUUCCUCCGGUGGUGGCUAUUCACUCGGAAUGGAGGUCCAAUAAAAGCUGCAGCCUGCCUCUCUUUUUCAAUGACAGUGCCUCCGACAGCGACCUUGCCUCUGUUAGCGGCACCCCCAUCCCACAGAAGAUCCAGAUGAUUAUAGAGAGCCUCCACAGCACCCAGUCUUCGGACAUGAGCGAAAACAUGCAGACCGAAAAGGCUGCUCAUUCCAGCCACGAGGCUGGCUACAAGGGUCAAAUGCGACUCAUGGACACAUCUGCGAGAUCCCGGCGAACGGGGGCGGACACUAAGCUACAGACCGCCAGGUCUGAUACUGGCGACGAUUCGGACAGUGACGAUUCUGUGGACAGAGGCAUUGAGGAGGCCAUUCAGGAGUACUUGAAGGAGAAGGUGGACCACAAGCGCAAAGGGGAUCCAAUGACAAGUUCGCCCCCAGCGCCCAAGCUUCAGCGGAGGGAACCAACUAUCCCAGAUGCUGCUAAACAUCACACACAUUCCACUAGUGCUAAGGUGCUCAUUGCAAGCAAUCAUAUACAGAGAGCAUUGAGUGGGGCGCAACCCUUAAAGAAGAAAGUCAAGAAGAAGAAACUAAGCAAAGAAAAUCCCUUUAAGAAAGCAGACACAAGUAAAGUUCUGCCUGUGAAAAGUCUUCCUCCAUCCAGAGCUAAGAAAGGAUCUUCCUCGUCAUCAGAGAUGGACAGAUCUCCACCUCGCCUUGUCAUUAAAGAAGAAGAGGAAUGGCUCGAUUCAAGCAGCGACGAUGGAAUUGAAGAAGAGAUUCAGAGAUUCCAGCAGGAGAAAAAAGAAAAACAGGAAGGUGAAAAAGACACCCUGAGAACAUCACGACAAAGGGAGGACUCUGAUUCAAGCAGCGAUGAAGGUAUUGAGGAAGCCAUCCGUCGCUUCCAAGAAGAAAAACACAAACAGAAGACGAAGAAAAGUCCUCUUAAACCUGCCCAACUUGUGCCUGCACAACGUAGCAAACCAGCCGUCGCUUCUCCCGAAUGCAUAAGCACUCAGCCACUCAAAGCACUGUCCAAGAAGAGCAAGAAGAAAUUGACAACCAAGAAGCCUAAUCUCCCUACACCACUGGGCGUAAGCCACUUUUUGAACAAGUACACACCCCAGGGCUCUAAAAUCAAAGGGUGUACACCACCCCCUUCAACCCCAAAACCAACCCACACCGAACAUCAGAUCCAUUCCAGCCUGAAGGUCAACACUGCUGAGCUGAUGUGUGCUGAAGCAAUUCUAGACAUCUCCAAAACCGUCAUGCCUGAGGUGUUCGAGUCCAACUUAAGCAUUGCUAACAGGAAUUUGCUUCAGACGCCAACAUUCCCAACUGUUGCAACAUCUGCGGAUAAAAGUGAUGAAAGCUCCGUUGACAGCGAGGACGGAAUUGAACAAGAGAUAAGGAAAUUUUUGGAGCAUAAAGCAAAGAUGAACAAAGAGCUUCCAACAACAGCAGGUGCACCUCCGUCAGUUUCAGGAGAUCCCACAGCAAGCAAAGAGCCAAAGAAGAAGAUGAAGGAAACCCAGUCGAAUAAAGCUGUCAGGCUCUCCCUGUCAAAAAAACGCAAGUUCAAAGAAGAACAAAGCAAACUUUCCAGAGAUGGCGACUUGGUUUUGAAUGUAAAAGAGGAGCCUCCAGGGCCGCCUCUGAUUCAUAGUGACUCCAUCAGACCGGAUGGUUCAUCCACCCCCACUGUGAUGACACAUUCAAGUAGUCCGACCACCAUGAAGAACAGCAAACCUAAGCAGAACUCGCCACCUCGUAAGGGUACGGAUAGUAGUGUACCCACAGACAAAGUUUCCACUUACAGUAUGUCCAGCCCGAAGACUUUGAUUGGCUCUGAGAGAAAUGACAGCAGUGACAAAAGCAGCUCUCUGGACAGUGAUGAGGAUCUAGAUGCCGCAAUUAAAGACUUGCUUAAAACAAAGAAAAAGGUCAAAAAGAAAGUAAGGGACUUGAAGGCAAGAAAAAGCACCAGACCUUCCGAGGCUUCAUCUUUGGAUGCUGUAAAAAAACUGAAGCCUCUUACAAAUCAGAAGAGUAUCCUACCUUCCAAGCUUGCAAGCAAGUCUGUCAUCUUGAAAGGCGGCAAAGAAAUUCUGAAUGUUCAGACUAAAAACGACAAGGGUCAUAAAAACAAAGUGGUUAAAGGCAAAUCAGAAGUCCAGAACAUCAAACAAUCUAAGAGUCCUGCACAAGCUGAAAAGGUGACUGGGAAUGGUGGGGUUCCCAAACCCCAAGAUGUGGACGUACCUUCUUCCAAUCCGCAUGUAGAAGACGAUGACAGUUCUGUAGACAGCGAUGACAGCAUUGAGCAAGAGAUCAGGAGAUUUCUAGCUGAAAAAGCCAAGGAGUCUACACCUCUCGCUGCAAACACCAAACAGGAGGAAGAGUCCGUAGACUCCUUGAUCUCUCCUGCGGAGUGUGACGUUAAACCAGAACUUCAAAGGAUUCUAAUUGAAACUCCAGUUUCUGCUUCAACAUCAUCCUCUGGAAGAUUCUUCAAAACUGAAACACAAGCCGAAUCCAUAGGCACACCUGCAAGAUCCGUGGACGCACCUGUGGAACUCAACAAGGGACCAGUCUUGACACCUGGCAGCUCUUGCAUUAUGGGUUUUAGGAGGACCGAAAGUCAAAAAUGUGAGAUCUCGACCCCAAGAGAUUCAAAGAACGGCAGCUCCCAGAUAGGAAAGGACUCUCUGACAAGUCAUGCCAUCAAACCCAACUCCUUCACUACGCCCCCCGUGAGCUCCGAUACACCCCGAUCAUCGGGUCAUCAACACCAAAACCUAUUCCUGAUGAGACCCGUUAACAGCAGUAUGUCUGACGUCAAGGAACUUUCCUCGGCAGAUGGAAAUGACCUUAACGUUAGCCACCAGAGUAGACCCGCCACUAGGAUACCUUUGAAGGAUGUCAUUAGUUCUCUUUGUCCCUCGCCUAUCUUGAAACCUCAGAUUAGCUCCCCUGCUGUCACCCCUGGCAACCUCACGACCUCGGCACCCCCUGGGGGCAGGACAGAGGGACUUUACUUGCAUAACCGCCUGAGAAGGGACCGAAACCUCUCCGAUAGACCACACUUAUCCACCUCGCACCUGUGCCAGCCCUACCAGGGCGUCAGCGUAAUCCAGUUACAACGGGACCAGGCUGCCUUCCCAACGCCUUUAGAAAAGACAAACCACCUGCAGGUUAGCCACACUGAGGCAACCGAGUCCACUGCAAGUUUAGGAGAAAGACAAAGGGAGGGAGGAAGUGUUAGCAAGGAAGAGAAAGAGCAGAAAGAUGAGGAAGAGAAAUGUGUUGAUGAGACAGAUGUAGAGUCAGAUGAGGAAAGAAAAGAUCAGAAGACGAAAGACAGAAGGAAGCAGUCCCCAAAUCAGUGAGUACCUACCUGUUCUCUCCAAACACACACACACAUAUCAGUUGAGAGAACAUAGUUGCCAAAAGCUCAGUACAUAUCCAUGCUCUCGUUCCAUCUGAGAUACAAAAGACGACUUUGUCAAAUUGUUGUUGAUUAGAAAGAUUAAUGAGUGGUCAUCGGUUCGGGCGGAUCUAUGGAUCUAAAUCUGUGAUUUUGCAAGAUUCCCAACCAUACAGCCGAAAUUUUCUUUCGGCUUUAAGCAUUAGUUGUUUUAUUUUAGCAUUAGCCUGACGGACUGCAGCGUCUCAUCCUGCAUUUCAAUGUUUAUGUCUUUUUGUACUGUAUGAUUUAGGUUCCAAGGGAUGUCAUGUAGGACUCUUCGAGUGUACCGCAUUCUUUUUUGUAUGUUUGUACAUUUAUAAAUAUAUUUAAAAGCAGACAUGAUGUCAUGAAGAGAGAUUAAACUUUUUUUUAUUGUUUUUGUGUUGAACUUUCUCUGCAGCAGCUGCAGCAUUUCUGAAUGAAUCCUGCUUUACAUACUUUGCUUUUUGAGAAAUUCUUAUUUGAGACUGCAAUUAAAAAACGAAGGUUUAUGAAAAGAUGACAAUAUCAUUGGUGAGUUUACAUGUUAAAUAGUUCCCAUGUUUAAAUAUCUACUCUAUCCAUUUUUCCACCUUGUGCAAAUUGCAUCUUUAAGAACUAAACUGUAUGAAAAACUGCAGAAUGUAAAGGCCAAGAGAAUGAAAACGAAAGUACAUAUUAAUUUGUUACUCGAUCACAAUGGUUCAACAUCAUCAUUUAGACCCUUGACCUCUGAGAAGACGUUCUGAGUCACCUUCAGAAAUGUUAAAAAAAACCCUUGAGGUUUCUAAAUGAGGAAAAUCUCCUCAGUGCAACAGUGAAUGACUAAGAUGGGCCUCAUUUGUGAAACGCGAGCAGAAUGCAUUUCCAUAAAAUUGUUGCCAAAACCCUUCUUGUGUAAAUUGUUCCAUUCAAAUCAAUGUGACAGUCUAUGCAAGAAUAGUUUUAUGAACAGUUAUCGAGAAAUUUGUUCUGCUUGUGUUCUAAAUGAGAUCCUUUGAGUUUACAUAUGUAUAUAGAAUGUGUAUGAAAAACAGCCAUUUACUUGGUAUUAAAAAAUUUUACAGAAAAACGCCAGUAGCAGUUAUCUUAUCCUUUGUUUUUGUUUUUUUAAUCUUCAAAUGACUAACUUGCCCUCAACAAGCAUAUUUUGUUCACGAUGUUCCCUUUUAACAUUUGUUUUACAUAUUCUUAUCAUAACCAGGUUAUUUUGUACAACUGGACAACAUUUAAAGAUUUAUAUCAGACUGCAAAUGUUUCAAAAUUAAGUCAUCUUUCUCUUUUUGCACAUAUUUGCAUACUGGUUUUGUCAAGUCACACCCCUCCGGCACCUGUUUCUUAGUUCCUUUUUCUGUUGCUUAUUAUAUGUAGGUGUUUCCUAUGUGAAAAGAAUGUUAUUUAUUUUUGUUUAUAGAAGAGAAGAAAGUAAAGACUCAUGCUGACUAUGCUGGGCAUUGCCAGUUUUCAUAAGUAUUUUGCAAAAAAGAAAAAAAAGGAUUUUUUUGGUCCCCUGCUCUGCACAGAGAAACAAAACUCAAACUGUAUCUCUGAAGAUGUGUAAUAAAAAUUGACUUUGAGACACAAGGCUGUAUGGUUCUUACUCUCUGUGUGUGUGUGUGUGUGUGUGUGUAAACGUGCAUGAACGUGUGAAUUCCUAUCAGUAUCUAACACCGCUUCCUCUGUUGUAUCUUAAUAUAAAUUAGCUUCCUUUCUCACAGAUGUCUACAUUGAAGCUAAUGUCAGUCUGUGUUUUUUUGCAUCACAUGUAACUGAUUGAUGAAUAUUCAAAAUAUUUCAUUUUUUAUAAUUCUGUCCUUU